AUGGCCAAGUUUCCCUCUAUUUAUAUUGCUUCGUUCAAGAAGCCCUUGCCUGUAGAGUGAGAGGCCAAUGCGAGGUACGCUUGGCAUUUUCGCCGCCCGUGAUGACCUCUGCCACUCUUUACGCCAUCGACGAAUACGGGUUUGCGUCAAAACACUAUGAGUGCCAUUUUGUUGUGGUUGCUGCUUCUGGAGCGCCAACGUAGGAGCGCAUCAUGUCCUGCAGCCGUCGUCGAGAGCCUUACUCAGGCAGCUUUGGCUACCUCCCAUCUACGGCUUCACUUCAUCCCAAAAGCCCAUACCAGCGGACUUCACGCUGAUUAUCUUAAGUACCGUGAGCUCUUAUCAUCUCCAAGUAUGGAAAUCGAAGACAGCGAGAUCACAACCCAACUUGAAUUUUACAGAUCUUAGAUGGACUCCAUUCCUGAGGAGGGGAAAACACGGAGAAGGAAUCCAAGUUGUUGUUCUUGUUGGCCAGCUGCAGCUAGCCUCAUCGCAGACCAUUACCCCUCAUCUCGACACCUUUCUUAGUUAAUAGCAUGCAUCGCCUUGCAUGCAAGCCGCAUCUUCCAUGUACGCGGAAACGCGGGAAGGACUGCCCAGACUGUCGGGCAAAAUCGAGGCGUGCCCGAAUAGAACGGUCCAGGCGAGGGACGGAAUCUCAUAAGUCGAUAAAGUGAGCCUGAAGUCAGGUUCGGAGUCUCAUCUGAGGGAAACACUCACACACGAGGUUGCGUGCAGAGGCUGCGCCGCUGGUACGCAUUGGGUCACGCCAUACGUUUUCUCUCGUCUUUCC